AUGAAUGAAAAAGCCUUACAGAACCGGAAUGCUCAUAUUGUUUCAUUUCCUGAUCUUAGGUUAAAGGUAGUGCCUAAGCUUUACCAGCACAUUGUGGCCUUGGCAUUUGCAGUCAAGGAGAUCAAUGAAGACCCUCACAUCUUACCCAAUAUCACCUUGGGGUUUCGCUUAUAUGACAGCUAUGACAAUGCAAGGAGCACAUAUCUUGCCACACUGCUGCUUUUAUCCAGGGUGGAGAAAUUUGUCCCAAACUACACAUGUGAUGUUGAAAAUAAUCUGGCUGGGGUCGUUGGGGGACUUAAUUCUGAAAUCUCCUUUUAUGUGGCAACAGUGUUGGAUAUCUAUAAGAUUCCACAGCUCAUUUAUGGCUCUGCUCCAGUGAUGAAUGAGAAAAGCCCAGGGCUUCCCUUCUACCAGAUGGCAGCCCCAGAAGCCCUUCAGGACUGGGAUUCAGGAAUAUUCAAUGGUGCUAUAGCCUUUGAAAUUCACUUCAGAAACCUACCAGGAUUUCAUCAAUAUGUUCUGCACAGAAACCCUUCCACCACAGAAGGGGACGGUUUUAUCAGGGACUUCUGGCAACAGACCUUUGGAUGUGAAUUCCCAGAUAUCACUUCAGACAAGGUGGUGGGGAAUAUUUGCACAGGAGAAGAGAAGCUGGAGAACCUUCCUGGAUCACUUUUUGAAAUGAGCAUGACAGGCCACAGUUACAGCAUCCACAGUGCUGUCUACGCCAUGGCCCAUGCUUUACAUGCCAUGUCCACAUCCAGACUCAGACACAGAGGAAUGGUGUACGGAGGGAGAAGGAAGAAUCCAAAUCCACAGUUUUGGCAGCUCCAUCACUUUCUGAGAAGUAUCUCAUUUAACAAUACGGCCAGAGAUGUGGUCUUCAUCAACCAGAAUGGAGAGGCAUCAUCUAGCUUGGAUAUUGUCAAUUGGAUUAUAUUCACCAACCAAAGUUUGCAGAGAGUGAGAGUUGGGAGGAUAGAUCCACAGGCUCCACCAGACCAAUCAUUGCUCCUUGAUGAAGAUGCCAUCACAUGGCACAGUUGGUUUAACCAGACUCAGCCUCUUUCUGUAUGUACUGGGAGAUGUCUUCCGGGAUCCAGCAAGAAAGUGAAGGAGGGACAGCCACCUUGCUGCUACGAUUGCAUCCCAUGUCCAGAGGGGAAGAUUGCAAACCAGGAUGAUAUGAAUGACUGUAAUAAAUGCCCAGACAAAGAAUAUCCAAGCAAGAACCGGGAUGCAUGUCUACCCAAGGAUAUCAGCUUCUUGUCUUAUGAAGAACCUCUGGGCAUCAGUUUAGCCUGUUUCUCUCUUUCCCUUUCCUUGAUCACAGCCCUGGUACUAGGUACAUUUAUGAAACACCACAACACACCCAUUGUCAUUGCAAACAACCGAAACCUCACCUACGCUCUCCUCAUCUCUCUCCUGCUCUGCUUCCUUUGUGCAUUGCUCUUCAUUGGCCGACCAGAGAAGGUGACCUGCCUCCUCCGACAAACAGCUUUUGGCAUCAUCUUCUCAACCGCUGUUUCUUGUGUCCUGGCAAAAACUUUCACGGUGGUUUUGGCCUUCAUGGCUACAAAACCAGAAUCCAGGAUGAGGAAAUGGGUGGGGAAAGGACUGGGGUACUCCAUUCUCAUUUCCUGCUCCAUAGUUCAAGCAGGGAUAUGUACUGUGUGGCUGGCAACCUCUCCCCCAUACCCCGAUGUGGACAUGCACUCAAUGACAGAAGAAAUUAUACUAGAAUGUAAUGAGGGGAAUGUGGCCAUGUUUUACUGUGUCCUCAUCUACAUGAGCUUCCUGGCAACUGUAAGUUUUGCUGUGGCUUUUCUCGCUAGGAAGUUACCAGACAGUUUCAACGAAGCCAAGUUCAUCACUUUCAGCAUGUUGGUCUUCUGCAGUGUUUGGCUGUCCUUUAUUCCUUCCUACCUGAGCACCAAGGGAAAAUAUAUGGUAGCUGUGGAGAUCUUCUCCAUCUUAGCCUCCGGUGUUGGGCUGCUGGUUUGCAUCUUCUUCCCAAAAUGUUAUAUAAUCCUUCUGAGGCCUGAGCUGAACAACAGGGAACAACUAAUAAGGAAGAAAAAUUAA